GUGAACACCUUUGGGGCCAACAACCCUCUGACUAACCUGAUCCCCAGUCUGCAGGACGUGGACCCCGACGACGCCUUCUCCUCAGUCCCGUAUGAGAAGGGCUUCGCUCUGCUGUACCACCUGGAGGAGCUGCUGGGGGGUCCAGAGGUCUUCAUGGGUUUUGUGAAGUCCUACAUCCAGCUGUUUGCCUACAGCAGCGUCACCACCGAGGACUGGAAGACCUACCUGUUCACCUACUUUAAACACAAGGUGGACGUCCUGAACCAGGUGGACUGGAACGCCUGGAUGUUCACUCCUGGGAUGCCACCUGUCAAACCUCAGUACGACACGACGCUGGCUGAUGCCUGCAUCGCUCUGAGCCAGAGGUGGAUCAAGGCCAAAGACCAGGACCUGARCAGCUUCACGGAGUCAGACCUGAAGACCCUGUCGUCCCACCAGGUCAUCGAGUUCCUGUCCCUGCUGCUUCAUCAGGAUCCGCUCCCCCUGACCCACGUGAAGAAGAUGCAGGAGGUCUACAAUCUGAACACCUGCACCAACUCCGAGAUCCGCUUCAGGUGGCUGAAGCUGUGUGUCCGCUCUAAGUGGGAGGAGUCAGUUCCUCUGGCGCUGAAGAUGGCCACCGAGCAGGGCCGGAUGAAGUUCACCCGCCCGCUCUUCAG